UCAAAUAAGGUUAUUUUGUUAAAUUGACGCUUGUCCUCAUUGUAAAUUUCGUAUAUUUUGCAAUUUAUGUGAGAAUUUAUCAAAUAUAAACAAGUUUUAGUAUUUUUACUGAAAUAGAAAAUUUUUACAAGUAAUACUGCCGGACUUUAAAGACACGAAUUAAAGAAAAUGGUAAAAUUGACGCCGGAACUUAUUAAUCAAUCUAUGCAGUUCAUAAAUCCCUGUCGGGAGCGAGAAUUGGAUUUGCGCGGUUACAAAAUUCCGCAGAUUGAAAAUUUAGGAGCCACACUAGAUCAGUUUGAUACAAUUGAUCUUUCAGAUAAUGAUCUGCGUAAAUUGGAUGGCUUGCCGUUUUUGCCUCGCCUCAAAUGCCUCCUUUUAAAUAAUAAUCGUAUCCUGCGUAUUGGGGAUGGUUUACACGAAGCGGUACCCAAUUUGAGCUCAGUUAUAUUAACUGGAAAUAAUAUUCAAGAUUUGAGUGAUUUGGAGCCACUUGCAUUACUACCUCGUCUGGAGACACUAUGUCUGCUUGUAAAUCCUGUUUCAACGAAAUCUUAUUAUCGUGAAUAUAUGGCUUUCAAAUUUCCUCACCUUCGUUUGCUCGACUUCAGGAAGAUCAAACGAAAGGAUCGCUCGGAAGCCCAAGAGUAUUUCCGCACAAAACAAGGUAAAGAUAUGUUAAAGGAAGUGGCGAAGAAAUCCAAAUUAAAUGCAUCGGCGGCUGCAGCGGAAGCGGGCGGCAAACCCGGGGUGGGUAGUGCGGCGAGAGUGGCUAAUCCAGAGGACUUGCAGCGCAUACGCGAUGCGAUAAAACGAGCUAAUUCACUUCAAGAAGUUGAACGAUUAUCACGUAUAUUGCAAAGUGGACAGUUGCCGGAAAACUUUGAGCUGGAAAUAAAUCAAAACGGCGCGUCUCAAAAUGGUAAUGCGACUGGCGGAAGUGGAGUAGAAAGUAUGGAUUAUUAGUGAAAAAUAACUUAUAAAGUAGUUGAUUUUAAUCGAACUUUCGGGUAAAAAUUUGUAAUAAAAAUAUGAAUUAAAACAAAACAAGUUUAAAGAAUUAACCG